CGCUCAUGCUAAGUUUGUUGCAAUGGACCAGCAAGAACAGAGUUGCAGAAAGCAUGAUUUCUUCGUGCAAUCGGCCAACGAAUUGUUCCUGAGGACGUGUCUGUCCUGCGGAUUUGUUGAAGAGUUCCAGCUAUCACAAACAAAGCAAAGGGUCGAUCCGUGGCAAGGCUGGCUCUCAGCUAAGAUUCGGCGGCUCUCAUGGCCCCCUGGCGUUAACUACUCUGAAACUGACCCACAAACCUUGACAUAUGUCUAUAGCUACCGCCCAAACAUGCAGACGUCACUUGAGAAUCAUUCUCAAAUAGAUAGAAACCCUUAUGUCUACUGUGACCUACCCAAAACCUCCUGUAUUCGGCUACUGGAGCUAGUGCAGAGCUACAGACUCGAUACUCUCAGUGGGCGUCUAUUCGAGGUCCAUUUGGAGCAAGAGAUCUGUCCUUCGUAUUCUGCCCUGUCCUAUACUUGGGCAGAUGACAAGGGCGAUACGUCACUUUCACGUCUCAUAUUCCUGGAUCAAAAGCAGAAGGUUCUGCAUAUUACGCGCAACUGCGAUCGAGCUUUACGAAGCCUACGUCAGAGGCAUAAGUCAAUCUUACUAUGGGUCGAUUCCAUCUGCAUCAACCAGUCAUCCCCCUCAGAGAGGUCUCAUUAGGUUGGUUUGAUGAAAACCAUUUACUCUAAAGCAACUACUGUUCACGCUUAUGUGGGAGAAAGAGAAUGUGGAGGAGACCUUACAGGAUCCGAAGCCAUGACCUUAUUGGAGGAUAUUCAAGGCAAUGGAGUCUUUGGCAAGCUGAGCUCUGACGAGACCAGCAACAUCGCCAUUCUUAACAACUUCUUCUCAAGAUCAUACUUUGCUCGGUUGUGGAUUGUCCAAGAGCUUCUUCUGGCUCAAUCUAUUACAUUUCACUGUGGGGAAACUUCACUCACAGUCAACAACCAAUCCAUUUCUCUAUUAUACGAGAAAGGUGUCAAGAUUCCUUCAUGGGUUCGAUAUGCUGGAAAGAUGCAGUCAAACACAGAGCGAAGCCCUAUGGACUUAAGAGAUCUUCUUAUUGCUACCAGUGUCUGCCAAGUCACAGAUCUACGUGACAAGGUAUUUGGGUUGCUAGGUCUUGUCAGCGCUGUCGAGGCUUCAGAUUUAAGUCCUGAUUACGAGUUGAUGGUACGCGAGGUUUACAUCGGCGUCGCGGCAUACCUGAUGGAUAAUUAUCAAUGCUGCAAUCUCAUUCAGUAUAUAAACAACCAUGUCCUGGACCAAAAAGGCUCUUAUGGCAUCCCGUCUUGGGUCCCUAUGUGGGAUAGAUACACGCCGCCGCAGGGCUUUGAGGAUAUCUUCAGACAUAUUCAGCAGAUUGAGCUGGAUUGUAAACAACUUCCUACGGACCGAUGGCUAGCCAAUUGUUUUACGAUACGUACUAUUGGUGGCUGGCCUCAUGAUGAGAACUCGGAGUGCAACAGAAGAGGUAAACGGUGUAAAACAGUGCGUUCUGGGUCAGGCUCUCUUGCAGCCAGAAUCGAGACAGUGUUUCAUAUUCCGUCAGUUUCCUCCUCUGUCACAAUCGAGUCGGGGCCAUCCAGUGCGCUGGCAGAUCAAAACUAUGUUACAGUCUUCUGUCAUCUGAAAGGCAAUAUUAAAAUUGCAAUUCGGAGUUUCGCAUGGGCGCUUGGGCGUCUCCUGCGCCCUAUGGAUCUAAUACGAGUCGAGGGGUGUGGUUCGUUAUUUUUGGCAUACCAAAGUACUGGUAGCUUGGAAUACCGCCUGAUCAGUCCAUGUUUUGCGGCUAUAGUUUGCCAAACAAAGGAGUCUAGCCCUGUUGAGGCUCUCAAGUUCAAUGACCUGCAGCAUUUCUCACAGUUCACACCUCUUACACUGAACAUGGUUCAAUUCAUAGCUAAGUGGAGAAACAAGGUAUUCACGAUGGCAAGAUCAGACCUAGAAGAUAGGGAACAUGCUCUGUCGAUCGAGGCCCAAAGCUGCCAUUGUUCGUCUCUGGACGAGCCCGAGAUAUACCACCCAACUUGGAGAGGCUGGGAGCCUUUUCUGGCAUCGGAAACUUGGCAUGAGUCCGAAUAUGAUGCAAAGCUGCGGAGACAACUGCCAAGCCUGGCUGAGUUCUGGGACAAAGCCCAUGUUCUGCACACUCGCGUCCGAGACUGGACGAUUAGUGCCUUGAAGGUGGUCAGAUAUCGCUUCACUGUCCUGCUAAACAGCCGUCUCGAUGACGUAAAAGGGGCACUGAGCGGCUGUCUUGCAAAGUCAAAGGAAUUGACACAAACUUUGGAGAGGACUAUUGGGAGCAGCUUCAUGAUUGGAAGCUUUGGCCUGCUCGAGCAGCUAGAUGAUGCUCUGACAAACAUUGGUGCCAGAUCGGUAGACAGCAACAUCUUGGGCUACCGAAGAACCAUAGAAGGCAUCGCUGAGGACAUAGGCACUCUUAGUAUGUCUCUGCAUAAAGAUCAGUUGUUUUUAGAGAAGGCUUUCCCACCAGAGCUAAAGGAUAUACACCCGGAGUAUAGUAGUAUAAAGCAAACCAUGGAAUGGAAGAAGGUAUUAACAGGGCUGGUAAGGACAGACUCAGAAGCAAAGCAUGUAAGUUUUGUUUAGAUAUUUUAUUCAAGUACUAUUAUCCUAUUUUAAUACAUGAAUCAUUUAAUGAUCUUGUAUUUAAAGCUUAUUCAUAACAUAGCACUAGGUUGAAGCGAAAGCU